ACGCGAACCCGAAGACGCCUGCGAAAGGCUUGGCACGUCUUUUGCGAAUCCCGACUUUGUACCAAACUCUCCACUCGGCGCACAAUGAACAACUCGCAAUUCCGACGACUGCUCGUCGAAACACCAAAGCCUCAAGAUGGCGACAAGGGCAAAUCUCCCGCGGCCGCAACGCCGAGGGCAGUGCUGGGCGCACGCAAGCACUCCAGCAUACCAAUGACACCCCGCCAGGUAGGCAAGGGGUCAGUCCAGUCAGACUUUGCGCGCCAACUUGCCGAACGCAACGCGAAGAACAACCCGCAGAAGAAGACGAGAAACAUAGUACCAAAAGGGACGAAGCUCGCCGCAGGCUACACCGACCGUACCAAGGCAUACACCGAUGAGGAAGACAACGAGAUUGCGAAACGCGUCAAGAACCUCGAGGAGUCUAUGAAGAAAGGCGAGAUUGACCGUGAGACAUUUGAGAAUCUUGUGCAAGAGAUUACAGGCGGUGAUGUUGGGACCACACACUUGGUCAAGGGCCUGGACAGGAAGCUCCUCGAGCGAGUAAGGCGGGGUGAGGAUGUUCUGGGUGGCCAAGACAAGAAGGAGGAAGAGGUGGAAGACGAGCAGGCAGAAGAGGCACCAGAAGUCGAGGACGCGUUCGAUGAGCUGGCAGAAGCGGAUGUCGGGCCCAUUACGCGCGAGAAGGUCGAGAAGAAAGGCGAGAAGAUGACAUCACCACGGCCUGUUGCUGGCGUCAAGAGGAGCCGAAACGACAUCCUGAAGGACCUUAAGAGACAACGAAAAGAUGCUGCUGCUGCCGCGGCGGCUGAGCACGAGAAAAGGUUUCCUACUUUGGGGCCAGGCUUCCGCAAGAUAAAUGCACAAGGCGAGACACACCGUAUCGAGACGGAUGAAAAGGGCCGCGAGGUAUUAAUCAUCACGGGUCCAGACGGCAAGGAGAAACGGAAGGUCAAGAAGCAGAAGGUUGAGGAGCCAGCGCCUGAAGUACGUCAUGAUCUAGAUGACGCGAGCAAACCGAUCAACAUGCACAACCUCCCUGCGCCGAAGAAGGAAGAGUCAGAAGACGAGGAUAUAUUCCAAGGCGUAGGAUCUAAUUACAAUCCGCUCGCCAACUUUGAUGACUCAGAAGACGACGAAGAUGAACAAGAAGAAGAGAGAGAAGCAAAGCCGCAGCCGCCUGCUGUACCCAAGUUCGAUACUACAACUGCAGAAUCACACUUAGAAGGUGAGGUGUCUUCUCCUGAAACAGAAGAAGACGCGCCCGCGAAACCCAAAGAGAGCGCGCCCGCUGCACCCACAAAACGAGACUACUUCGCAUCCACAGCCCGCAGCACCUCCAGCACAAAAGAACCAUCUGACCUCUCCGCCGCCGACGCCACCGUCCGCGCCGCCCUUGCCAAAGUCCGCAACCUCGACGACAACUCCGCACUACUACAAAACCUUGGCUCUACCGACCCCAACGAUCCGGCCUCGAAAGAGGCGCGUCUCAAGAAACGUGCUGCGGAGCUUGCCGCGUCGGAUCGCGACAUGGAAGACAUGGACAUGGGCUUCGGAGCAUCGCGGUUCGACGAUGCCGAGGAAAUGGAGAGGGAGGGCGAGAAGGUCAAGUUUAGUCAGUGGAAGGGACUGGGCGCUGAAGGCGACGAUGAUGAUGACGAUGCGGGUGGCAAGGGAAAGAAGGAGAAGAGGAAGAGGGGAGGGAAGAAGCGAAAGGGAGAUAAGAAUAAUGCGGAUGAUGUUCUUAAUGUCAUGGAGAGGCAGAAGGAGAAGAAGACCAAGACGCUUGGUUGAGAGAGAGAGUGAGAGGUAAGAAACGGAUCUGUAGCACUGGGUGCUGUAUCGUUUCUUCAACGUCCAUGUCACACGCGAGUUCUACACGCAGAGUGCAAGUAAAGCCAUAUCAUCAUCGAUUACAUUAAAGAAUCCAUCUACCCAUCAUGCUAAACAUGUACAUAAACAUUCAUAACCGCGUGGUAUCUUUGCAAUCUAAUUAACGUCUAGUCCGUCAAAGUUCUCUUUAGAAAAAGAAAAACGCCUAAUACUCCAUGCUCAUACUCCAAAACGUUGAAAAGAGAAAGGCGUUCAAUCCCUCAAACAUGGCAAUUACUCCCUCUUCACAGACUCACUCACUCACUCGUCCUC